AAGAGGAAGAGGAGGAGGCCACAGAACCUCCUACUAAUCAAACAGAAACACAGGACAACUCUACUGGACCUCCAGCUGAAUGCCAGACUGCAGACGCAGAGAUGAGCUGCAGGGCUGUCGGGAUGACUCACCUGCCAGUUUUCCAGAACCUGGAAGUGACAAAGCUUGACUUGGGAGAAAACAACAUCAGAAUCAUCACUCCGCAAAGUUUGUUUGGGUUGCGAAGCCUGGAUGAACUGGAUCUGAGCCAGAACCAACUGGACGACGAGUCGUUUAGCCAGAACUGCCUGCUCAACUUGACCCUUUUGAGAAAACUGAAUCUGGACGACAACCAGAUCAUCAGAAUUCCAGCGCUGCCAGCAUCUCUAGAGGAGCUCAAGAUUAAUAAGAACAAACUGACUGUCCUCAUGGAUCACUGCUUCCAAGGUGUGAAAAACUUGUUGAAGCUGGAGCUAAGGAUGAACACCCUUUAUGAAGGCAGUGUGUCGCCUGCAGCUUUUCGACCUCUGCAGAAGCUUCUGGAGCUGCAGCUGGACAACAACCGCUUCCGGUCCCUCCCUCUGGGCCUUCCUUCGUCUCUUCAGGUGCUGAAAAUGAAUGGAAACCUGAUUGAAGAGGUGGCCGCUGAGGCCUUAAGGGACUGCAUUCAUCUGAAAGUGCUGGAUCUGAGACACAACUAUAUCCACGAUCAAAGCAUCAAUAUCAACACUUGGACCCGUCUUAGAUCUCUGGAAGACUUGGACCUGUCGCACAACCGCCUCACCUCCAUCCCUGUCAAUCUGCCUCGCUUCCUCCGUAAACUGAUCCUGCGGCACAACAGCGUACGUCACAUCCCUGCCUUCACGUUCCGUCACAUGCGUGCUGGCCUGCAGUCCCUUCAUCUGUCCCACAACGAACUGAGCACCGAGGGUGUAGAGCGGCAUUCCUUCGUUGGAACCUACCGCUCCAUGCGCGAGCUCCUGCUUGACAACAACAGGCUGCAGGACGUCCCCAGAUGUGUCAGGCAGUUCAAGAACCUGCAGGUGCUGAGACUGGAAAACAAUCAGAUCAGGCAGGUGAGGCAGUGGGCAGUGUGCCACCCUGGUAAUUCUGUCUCCACCUUGGUUUCUGUCCACCUGGAAUAUAAUCUCCUGGAGGAGGAGGCGAUCCCCCCGAAAGCUUUCUCCUGUGUGACGGACACACAGGGACUGGUCCUGUACCCACAGCAAACGUACAUGAACUGACACAUAUGCUGUGCGUAAGCACGACAAACAGCAAUACAGUUCUCUCCAGCUUCUGUCAUUUUUUGACAUCUUUAUAGUUGCCGUGUUAUCAGAAAACACUUACAACUUAACUAGCCAAGUCAGCACAUCCAUUUCUAAGUAGUAUAUUGUAGUAUUUUGGCACGCAAUAAAGAAAAUAUGAACCUCA